CUAGAUACGAAGUUGGUACUGUAAAGAAGAUCUAAGUUUGCAAACAUGUUCAAAUUCAUCUGUUUAUUUGCCCUAAUCUCUGCUGCUUUCGCCGCCAGCAUUGGCAAUGUUGAGAGCACCACAGAGAAACGUGUGGUUGUACCUCUACUCAAUUUCGAACGUCAAAACAAUCCCGAUGGUUCUUUCUCAUUCACUUACGAAGGUGGCGAUCAAUCAUUCCGUCAGGAAACUGCCCAUGUUGUAGAUGCCGGCACUGAAGAUGAAGCUUUGGAAGUAUCUGGCUCUUACCGUUACAUCGAUGAAGAAGGUCAAACCGUUGAAGUCCACUAUACAGCUGGUAAGAAUGGUUUUGUGCCCGUUGGCACCAACAUUCUCUCCGAAAUUUCUGCCGCCGCUAAAGCUGCUGCUGAUUUGCCCCAAAACAGUGAAGAGGAAUUAAAACGUAAAGGUCGUUCUAAUGCUGUCGAAGAAAUUGAAGAGCACAAAGUAGAAGAACACCAGGUCGAAGAACAAAAAGUUGAGGAAUCUAAAGUUGAGGAAACUAAAGUAGAGGAAGCUAAAGUAGAAGAAGCUAAAGUUGAAGAAGCUAAAGUUGAAGAAACUAAAGUUGAAGAAACUAAAGUUGAAGAACCUAAAGUUGAAGCCGUAGAAGUGGCCGCCACCGAAGUGCAUGAAGAACCUAAACCCGUAACUGCCUAAGUUCUAAGGAAAUACAAGACAAAAAGAAAUUGUGAUAUGGCUAAAUGAUGAAUUAACACGAUUAGAUGAUAAUUAUUACUUAUGUAUAUCUUUUAUACGUAUGUGCCCUUCCUCCUAUCCCCUACCAAAACUAUAAUAUUAUUUGAGCAUUUCAUUAUUAUAAUCUUAAGUCAAGGCAAACAAACUUUGUAAACUAGUUCUUCAAAUAACUAUCUUCCAUUUUACUCAGGGAAUGCAGUAGAAAACGAAGAUAAAUCUUCAACUGAUUUUAGGUAUUUUUUUUAGUUGUAUGAAUGUAUAUAAAUUGAAUAUGUGUGCAAUCACUGGUUGUUAAUACAAUUUAAUGAAUAAAUUUAGUUUUAGUUGAAAAAACAAACAUAAAAAUA